AUGCUAGGUGGCGAUUUGGUUGGGAUUCAAUCUUACCAUCCGCCGAACGGGGACGUUCGGUACCCCACCGACUCUACCUUCUACUGGUUCAGCUUGAGUGGCCCUUGUCCGAAUUUGCCAUCUGGCAAAAAGACAAGCUCGAAUUGCACCAAGUACGAGAAAGGCUUGGUCCCGUCUUCGAAAAGUCAAUAUGUGUCUGGUGGCCUGUGCAAUCGGAUCUUCAAAUCAAACAUACCUGAUGGUACUCCUGGGUGCUCGUAUUACGUUGAGAAUUUCACAGCCAAAAAGCUUGACAGCAUAGUGGGCAUCAAGGAGCAAGACUGUGGAGGGAGGCAGUGUGCAGACUGGCAGGAUUUCCGGCUGCACUGCAGCAAUACGAACUUGUCAUUCACCCACCUGGGAGUAAAAUACUGCAAAGAGUAUGACUUCCCAGGCUGUUUGACAUCUUGCCAAGAUUCUGCAUGUCACGCAGAGAAUGAGGUCGGCCUUCCGUUCUGGACAGGACGGUGCAAUGCAAGUCGAAACUCUGACCGAGCAUCGGCAAUUAAAGAAGCUUUUGGCGGAAGCAUCGUCGACCUGUAUUAUGCGCACAAUCCUUCCUGUGACAAAUAUGGGCCAAUGUGCAACAAGCCCGUGCCUGAUGCAGGUGUUUCAUACUGUCAUCGUGACGGCUCAGGUGUAUGCGAUGCCUGCUAUGUGCCCGGGACGGCCAACCCCCCUUCUCCUCGGCCAGCCGCACAAGUUCCAUGCAGAGUUGAUCUUUUUCUCAACAAGAAGAUGCCGCAGUACAAGGAUGCCCCGCCAGUCUGCGCUUCUGAUUGUCACGGCAAUUGCAGCCUUGCCACAGACCGCGAUUCUUGCUGUGUCUAUGUCGGAAAAUGCAACAGGGUGUGGCAGCAUGAUGAGUGGGGCGAGUGUGAUUCGAAGUGUGGAAACGGCACGAAGCACCGACAAGUGUGGUGUCCCUUCCAAGACAUAUUCGGACCGUGCGACGAGUCCAUUCGACCAGCCAACAUGUCCGAUUGCCGUGGAAGCAGCUGCCCUUGGAAUCCACACGAGUUUGGCAAUUGGAGUGAUUGCGAUGACGGGUGCGGCAAUGGCACCGAAGUUCAAUCACUUAUCUGCGACUGCCCAGAUGGCUGUCCCAUGGGAGACAAAGAAUGUGCUCAGUCUGCCAAGCCGCCACAGCCUUCGCGCCCAUGCUUUCCGGUUGGGAAAAAGACUGGGCCGAAGUUCUGCACGGCAUGUCCUCUUGCGAAAGGCAGAGUCACUUGCACCGGUUGUCCACGGGGCUUCGCGCUGCAAGGCGAUUGCGAGAUCAGGGAUCGAGUUGCAUUGGUGACAUACCAUGCACAAGGCAAGGACUUGUCCUUAACGGAUGGUUGGUUGGCUUCCGCCUUCAUUCCUGCAUUUCGGCAUGCUGUAUCGCAGGAAACUAACAUCUCAGUGGACGUGAUCAAUUUCACAUCGUCUGGAAGCGAAGGCGAUGUGUUUGGGUCUGGUGGUGUGGACAUCGGUAUCGUAGCUGCAAGUCAAGAUAACACAGAUGAGUCUCUGAACUGGACCUCCCAUCAGCUUGCCAGUGUCAAUAUGCAGCAGCUUGCAAGCAGCUUUCAAAACGAGCUGAGCAAAUACGGAUGUACUGCCGAACAUCAAUGCUCGCCACCUGCUGUGGCAUUCAGCCUCGUCAAGAAGCCGGACAUGAUGUGCCCACCUCCACUAGUCUGGUCGAAUUCUUGCAGGGUUCCUGGUACGCCUCCGUCUCAUGGCUUUCCCGGUUGGGGAGUUGCCUUGAUCAUCACAGGCACCUUGCUUCUAGUUGCAGUUGUGGCAUGGGCUACCUGCAGCCGUUGCAAGAGUGCUCCUCCUGGACAGCAUGCUCGAUUGCUCAGUGCAGCUUAG